GGCUGUGCCCGGGCCCGGAGGGCGGCGGUGGCGGGCCCCGCGGCCUCGUCUCAGGUACCCCUCCUCCGGCUGGCGGCCCUAAGCCUCUUACUCUAUUUCCCGGCCCGUGCGGCGGUGCGGUCGCGUAGCGGCCUUGUUGCGUUUCAGUUUGGGGGUCGCGGCGAGGGCGGGGCAGUGACCCCGGCCUCGUGCCCUCACCCCUCGGGCACACCCUUGUCAUCGCUUUCUCUGUCUCCGCCCCGCCCCCCUCCGCAGUCCGGAGCCAGGCGGAGCCCGGACUUGGCCGGGAGAGCUGCACGGACGGCCCGGCACCCAGACCUCGCCGCCGCGAGCGCCGCUGUCCAUCCUGGGUACCGGCAAUGGCCUUCGUAUCGCCCGAUGCACUUGUGACUGACCUGAACACGGAAUAUUAAGAACUCACUUCCGUCCCCAUCCCAGCCGCGCCGGCGGUGACCACCUCGGCUCAGUUUGGGCUUACUGCAGCCCCACUUGUGUCGCCGUCCUUGGGGACGCCAUGGACCCAAGUGGGAUGGAGAUUCCUGUGACCCUCAUCAUUAAAGCACCGAAUCAGAAAUACAGUGACCAGACUAUUAGCUGCUUCUUGAACUGGACCGUGGGGAAACUAAAAACGCAUCUAUCUAACGUGUACCCUAGCAAACCAUUAACGAAGGAUCAGAGAUUGGUGUAUUCGGGCAGACUGCUUCCCGAUCAUCUGCAGCUGAAAGACAUUCUCAGAAAACAAGAUGAGUAUCAUAUGGUUCAUCUAGUAUGUACUUCUCGGACUCCUCCCAGUUCUCCAAAAUCCAGCAACAAUAGAGAAAGUCGUGAAGCAUUGGCAUCCAGCAGCAGUUCUAGUUCAGAUCAUUCAGGAUCGACAACUCCAUCAUCCAGUCAAGAAACCUUGUCUUUAGCUGCUGGUUCUUCCUCAGAAGGGUUGAGGCAGCGAACCCUUCCACAAGCACAAACCGACCCAGCCCAGAGUCAUCAGUUUCCAUAUGUAAUACAAGGAAAUGUGGACAACCAGUCUGCCGAGCCGGCCGUUCCGCCUGGGCUCCCGGCCUACCCUGCUCUCAGCCCGCUGCAGAUGCUGUGGUGGCAGCAGAUGUACGCCCACCACUAUUACAUGCAGUAUCAAGCUGCAGUUUCAGCUCAGGCCACAUCAGAUGCCAACCCUGCCCAGCCUGCUGCUCCACAGCCUCUAAAUUUGGCACAUGUUGCUGGAGAAGAUCCCCCACCAGCUCCAAAUCUAGUGGCCCAAGAAAAUCGACCUGUGAAUGAGAACGUUCAGAUGAAUGCACAGGGAGGCCCGGUGCUCAAUGAAGAAGACUUCAACCGAGACUGGCUAGACUGGAUGUACACACUCUCACGCGCCGCGAUUCUCCUUAGCAUUGUGUACUUCUACUCUUCCUUUAGCCGCUUUAUCAUGGUCAUGGGAGCCAUGCUACUGGUUUACUUACACCAAGCUGGAUGGUUUCCUUUUAGGCAGGAAGGAGGUCAACAACAGGCUCCCAACAAUAACGUUGAAGUCAACAACGAUGGGCAAAAUGCACACAACCUGGAACUUGAGGAGAUGGAGCGUCUCAUGGACGACGGGCUGGAAGACGAGAGCGGGGAAGACGCAGGCGAAGACGCCAGUGCAGUUCCGAGGCCUGGGCUAAUGGCUGCCGCGUGGUCGUUCAUCACCACUUUCUUCACUUCGCUGAUCCCGGAGGGGCCUCCCCAGGUUGCCAACUAGACCCGAAAGACUGUGCCAGCUGCAAACGAGGGUCUGACGUGAGGAAAGUGGGCUAAAUAACAGUGCAAUUUCAAAAAAAUUUAUAACUUUCUUUUGAAUAUCAUGUACAGAGGUUUUUUUUUCCCUUUAAGCUUCUCAUGCAUAUGAAUAUUUUAAGCACAAAUGGACUACUAAAUGUCUGAUUUUUUUUUUUUAAA